AAUGGAUAAUAAUACUAUAUUCAUAAAAUCAGUGAUCGCUCAUACAAUAAUAUUGCAUGCAUCUAUGAAUCCAAAUGUAUCACCUCUUACCACACUUUUACAUAGAUUAGAAACAUGUCAGAAUAUGUAUAUUUUAUCUUGCAUUUCUGAUACGGAAGCAUAUGUAUUGUCUGCUAUUUUAGAACGAGAAAUAGUUACUCGAUAUAUUUGUGAAUGCGGUUAUAAAUAUGUUAUUGGUAAUAGCGGUCAUGCUUUGACUGAGCAAAGAUGUCCUGGGUGUAAAGUAAGAAUGUUAGGAGGUACUAUGUUUGUGCUUCAUGCCGGUAAUAAGAAAUUAGAUGAAAACCCACUUAGGAGUUUAGUAACUAAUGACAUAUCUGGUUAUAUUGGGGAAACACCAAAUCAAGAUAUCGGUUAUUGUGUUCGAUCUAUGCCACCUACUUCUUUCAGGAUAUUACAUUUAUUUGUUCAUAUUCUCAUAGGCGCUUCGUCUCCCUCAACAAUUGCAACCAAUUUCCUUCAGAAAAAUAAUCAAGUUGCUACCAAUACGGAACAUUAUUGUCUUGAACAUAUUCAAAAUGAUUGGAAUAUUCUCAAACAAAUUCUUAAUUGUUCUGAUGAGAAUUUAGCAUUAACAUUACACUCAAUAUUGGCGAACAUGACACAAAAUCCACCACCUUCAUCUAAUUUAAACACUCCAGAUCAACGUGAAGAAUGGGAAACUCAAUUCACUAGAAAUUACGUGUCUGACCAAAUUAAAAGUAUAAUUGAAACAACCACAAAUUUCCGUACUAGGCUCAACACUGCAUCAACUACUGUACAAGGAAAUACUACUAAUGUUAUUGAAUCCGAAAUAAAUCAAACUUUGACGACGUUCGAUAUAUCUCAAUUACCUCGACUUUGGCGUAAAAUUGGAGUUAGUACUUUUGAAAGUUUCCGUGCUUAUUAUAAUGGAAAUUUGGCUCAAUAUAAAGAACAAUUUCCUGUAUUAGCCGUGUACUUCAAACAUGAAGAAAGUUUAAGAUAUGUAAAACAUCUUUGGGAUAUUGUUAAAUUUGUUCAAUUAGUAUCAGCUCGCCUUUCUUAUCGAUUAAAUAGAGAAAAAAUUUUAGCCUUAACAUUCCGUGAAUAUUUUUUAAGCGAGAAGAAUGAAGAAGCAUUAAUGACAGCAUAUAAAGAUUUUGAGAAGGCUUGGAAUUCCGUGAUUGAUAAUGUAGAUAGAUAUGAAUGUCAUGAAAUCGUUAUUAAACCUAAAAUGCAUUUUGAUCAGAAACUCACUUUGGCAUUAAUUGAACCUAAAGAUGAAGGAGUUUAUCUUUGUGCAAUUCUAGAAUAUUUAAUUUUUAUACAAAAUAAAUUCUUAGAAGAAAUUAUGACAAUUACUCCUGGAACCUGUAGAUCUCUUGGAUUUUUAGAAGAUUCUGAUUCCUUUACAGAAACUGAAGGACCACCUCAAUAUUAUAUUCAAUCAUUAACACUUAAGCAAUUAAGAAAAGAUAAUUUAAUAUCUUACCAAUGGGAAGAUGAUUGUGAUAGAAUUCUCCAGUUUAGUGAAAGAAAUUUAGGAGUUGGACGUGGUCAGGACAUUAUUUAUGAUUUGCAGAAAAUUGAACAAGAGCUCGCUAGGUAUUUAAUUUAUGAAAAAGUUCAUAUAGAAAAGCUAGAAAACUCAAAAUUAUUCAUGGAACUUUUUUCAUAUCAUAUGGAAUUGUUCCAAUCAUCCAUGAAAAUUAUUGAAGAUAUUAGAAAUUUGAUUCCACAAGAACCAAUAUCCGCCGAAAAGGCUUCAGCUAUCGUGGGAAUUCCAACAAAUUCAUUUAAUUUGACGCCAGGUCAAAUGGACUCUGCAAUAGAUAAUCCAUCAGAUAUUCUAUCGGCAUUAGAAAUUCUUUUGUGCUUUGUAAAACGUAGUCCUGGUAGUGGUGGUGAAUUUUCGAUUAAAGGAUAUGUAUCUCAAUGGGCAUCACUAUCAAAAAUUUCUGAAAAUGCUAAAUUCAAUAGUUUGUUAACCGAAGAUCUGAAGCUUAAACAUUUAAUUGGAUUAUAUGAAUUAAUUGAAGAACAAAUGGCUAAUAUCACUGUGAAAAAUGUUUCCGAAAAAUACAAAGCUCCAAUCACAAAUGAUUUAGUAGAUUCUUUAAAUAAAGUUAUUGAUUGGACAAUACCUCCAUCUCAACAAGAACUUCUUCCAGCUAAAGCAUUUGCUUUAGCAUUAAAAAGAUUUAUGUAUCGAUUUUUACAAGGAGAAACUAUGAAUGAAAAUGAACUCCUCGAACUUUAUGUCUGUAAUGAAUCAUUAUAUUUUUGGCCAUCUUCAGUUUCUCAAGAAUUGAUUGAUAAACUAUUUCCAGGUGAAAUAAUGGUCUCACAUACUUAUAAUGUAUAUGAAUUUAUCACAAAUCAAAUCGAGAACCUCAUUCGAAGACAGCAUCAGCAACAGCUACAAUAA